AUGAUGGACUCGUCUCUUUUGCUAGCAGCAUCGCAACAUGGAGCGGUCACAGCCCUGUCAAUGAGAGCUGACGAGGGUGCUUUCGAUGUCGACGGCUUCAUCACGGAGUUGGUCGGCUACAUGGGUGCCACACCGUCUGUACCUGAGGAAGCAGAGUCUCAUCAAGACUCCUCCCCGCUUGACUGGGAGAAGAUUGGGUGGAAAGCUAUGGCCAGAAGUCGCCAUGCUCCCGCUAUGGACUUCAUGUUCGGACCACUCGAUAUACAGCAAGUUGUACGAUCAAAGAAGCGCACCAAGAAGACGGCCAAGACCCUCGACGAGCAAGUAACACCGCAACGCAUCGAAGAGAAGGAUAUCCAACGAAGUGAGAACGAGACUUUGGAGAACGUCAAGGCGAUCAAGGACAUACUUAUGGAAUCUGUCACGGACGAAAAGGGAGUCAACCUGUUUCGUUUCAUCGUGAAUCCCGACGACUUCGCCCAGUCUGUCGAGAACCUAUUUCACCUGUCGUUUUUGGUAAUGAGGGGCGAAUGUACCGUACAAGUGAGCGAGGACGGAGAGCCGUUAAUAUGUGGGUGGAGACAUAUACCCGAGUUGUUCUUUACGAUUGACAACGAAUCUCAGAUAUAUGUGAUGCUCCCACCGACCGGGAUUAUGAGGAAGAUCUGGGCAGGAAGCAUGUCAUCAUGA